AUGACUGCCAUAAAUACUGCUCUGACUAAUGCUGAUCAUUACUCGAUCAAAAGACAAAUCUUAGGUAUUGUUGCUGCUGAUUUUCCAUCUGGUGUGCUUCGUGCUCAUCUUCCAAGUGUUAAUAGUUAUCAAAUAAAAGCCGCACGUAAACAUGCAUAUAGUAAAGGCCGAGGUGCUCCAGUCAACACAAAACGUGAACCUGUACAAAGAUACAAUGAGCAACAAGUUGGACAUUUUCUGGAGUUCGUUGUUUCACCAUAUGUUACAACUGAUAUUCCAUUUGGAAAAAAAACUCUAAAGUUGACAACAGGAAAAACACUUGAAGUAGUCAAUACUAUUCGAAAUACAAUUAGCACCCGUAUAAUCCAACAAUACCAUUCGUAUUGUCAUGAAACAACUAAUGGGGAAUUUAAACCCCUUAGUGAUUCCUCAUUAUAUGCUAUAUUGGAAGGAUGCUCGGCUUCAACUCGAAAAAGUAUGUCAGGUAUAGAUAAUUAUGCCGCUAAUGGAUCAACAGCUUUUGAUAACCUGAAAAAAAUAUGUGACGAGUUUGCUAUAUUUCAUGUUCCAGUUGACACAAUUGUUCAACUUCAAAAGGCUUUACAGCAAUGCAGAAAUUAUAUAAAAAUUGAUUAUAAAACUCAUGUUUCUACCAGUAGCACGAUAGCCGAUCAUUGUUCUACGUUUGGUCUUAGUGAUGAAAGUGUUCAUGAUUGGAAUGAAACUUGUGAUCAUGCUCAUACAGAUAGUGAUAACGCAGGUUGUUAUCAUGGCUCAGGAACUCUACUAGCCGUGAAAAGUUUAUAUGAAUCAACGGGUAUUUUUAUUCGUCGAGUGGAUUUUUUCGAAGCUCAAGCAGGUAAAAGUGAUUGCGAUAGGAAAAGUGCUUGUUUGAAAGGACAAGUACGUUUAUCUGUCAAUGAAAAGAACGAUUGUAUGACAAGUAGUGAUUUUGCUUUUGCUGCCAAAUCAGCCAAACAUCUUUCUAUUUUCUCAUGCGCUUUGCCACUAGCAAAAAACAAUAAAAAAGUUAAAUGGGAAGGAGUUACCAAAUACAAUAACAUUGAAUUUACACUAAAAGAUACUUCUGCUACAUAUAAACGUACAACAAUGCCAUCAAGAUCAUCAUCUACUGGAAUACAAAUCAAAACUUGGCGUGCAUUCAAUGUUGGACAAGGAAAAUUAUUUAAUUUAUCAGAUUUGAAAUCGACUGUUGAUGAAAUAGUACCAUUACAAUUUGACGAUAAAGCAUGUUUUCAAGAUAAUUCAUGGAAAAGUGUAGAAUCAUCAACAGGUAUGUUGAUAUUUCUUUCAAAACAAGUUCUCUAUGAGCAUAGUUAA